AUGGUGAAGGAUUUCUUGAAUAGCGAUGGCUCAGAUAGUGAGGAUGGAGGAGUCCAGCUUCAGAACAGCACAGAGUUCAAAGUCAACGAGGAGUAUGCGCGAAAGUUCACUCACAACAAGAAAAGAGAAGAAUUGCGACGGUUAGAAGACAAGCUUACAAACAAACAACUGAAGCGCAAGCGCCCAGACGAGGACGAUGGCAGUGCUGUCAGCUCGAAUGAGGAUUCGACAUCUGAUUCCGAAGAGGAAGACGAUGCCGGAGAGUUGGCAACAGAGGCAUUGGACUCGGAGAUUCUCGCCACCCUGAGUGCUAUUCGUUCUAAAGAUCCACGGGUCUACGACAAGAAUACUACUUUCUACACACAGAUUGAAGAGAAAUCCAGUGAGCAAGGUGAUCAGACUGAAGCAAAGAAGGAGAAGCCCAUGUUCUUGCGCGACUAUCACCGAAACAAUCUAUUAAACGAUGCCAAAGACCAAUCAACCGAAAUCCGACAUACCACCCUAAGCUACAACCAAGAGCAGGAAGCGCUGAAGCGGUCAAUCGUUGGUGAGAUCCAUGCUGCCACGGCGGAAGACUCUGCAGACUCUUCCGAGGACGACAUGAAAGUUGAUCACGCUGACGAUGGUUUCCUCGUUAAAAAGCCACGAAACAUGGAGAAGGCCGAGCAACCACUGUUGGACGUUGAAGAUGCAGAAAAAGAUCCCGACACAUUCCUUUCCAACUUCAUGGCUGCCAGAGCAUGGGUACCGACAGAACGCGCGCAGUUUCAACCAUUCGAGUCGGACGAUGAUGAAGAGGAUCGCCGGGCCGAAGAAUUCGAGGAAGCCUAUAAUUUUCGGUUUGAGGAUCCAGCAAAGUCAAAUGAGAAGCUUGUCUCACAUGCCCGUGAUAUAGCUGCAAGAUACUCGGUCCGACGAGAAGAGAAAAAUUCUCGAAAGAAGCAGCGCGAAGCUGAAGGAGAGAAAAAGGAAGCAGCAAAACGCGAGAGAGCUCAAGAAAAAGCUCGGCUGCGAAAGCUAAAGAUCGACGAAGCCGAGGAAAAGCUUCGCAAGAUAAAGAAGGCAGCAGGUCUGAAGGGCGGUGCGGGACUGUCGUCAGAAGACUGGGCUAGAUUCAUGGAUGAUGACUGGAACGAUGCCAAAUGGGAGGAGGAAAUGCAGAAGAGAUUCGGUGAAGCAUACUACGCGCAGGAAGAUGUUGGCAGUGACGAGAGCCCACACAUACCGAGAAAGAGAGGUCGAAAGCCAAAGAAACCAAAAUGGGAGGACGAUAUUGAAAUCAAUGACCUGGUCCCAGAUUUUGAAGAUGGGAAUCCCACUUUCGAGCUUUCCGACGAGGCGCCUGAAGAAGAUUUAGAGCAACCGAACGGCAUCAAUGGCAUCAAUAGCCGCAGUGAGUCCACAGCAGAGCAAUACAGUAAUCGCCAAGAUAAGAAAAAGGAGGCACGAAAGGAACGAAGAAUAAUCGAGCAGCUUGUGGACGACCGUUUAGAACUUGAUACUGCACUUGCAGGCCAGCAAAAGGAUGCUGCUGGCUUCCGCUACCGUGAGACCUCGCCUGUCAGUUUCGGCUUGUCCGCUCGAGAUAUCCUCAUGGCGGACGACAGUCAAUUGAACGAGUACGCGGGCUUGAAGAAACUGGCUGCAUUCAGGGAUCCCAGCAAAAAGAGGAGAGACCAGAAACGUUUGGGAAAGAAAGCUAGGUUGAGACAGUGGCGUAGGGAUACGUUUGGUAAUGAAGAGGGACCAAUACUUUCAACAACAUCUGCUACGAAUGGCGACGACAAAACCAUGGAUACCAAAGAGAGACACGUAGAUGUUGAUGGUGAUAUUCGUACUGGUGCAACAAAGAAAAAGAGACGGCGAUCGAAGAAAAACAAGGGUGCACAAGGAGUGGAAGUUUAG